AGGUUUAAGGUAUCUGUUUAUCUUUCAUGGCUCUUCAUGAAUUCUAUGAUUAAAAGUUAAUUGCUAUGUGAACGUCAUUUUUUAGGAUGAUAAGAUAGAACUGAAGGAAACGCUCCUGAUUCAGCUUGAAGACAACAGGAGACAGAUCGAAUAUCAGUUCCACAACAAUGAACUUAACAACGAUGGAUAUGACGUCAAAACGAUGCCGGUUCGCAAGCUGCGGCGAAGAGCCAACGAUCCGUUGCCAUUCAGCGAAAGAAAGAUGAAAAAAUCGAAUCCGGUUAUCAGUUAUGCUCUGGACGCUUGUAAGAUCGCUGAUGAUCUAAAAAAGAUUUGCAGCAACUCCAGGUUCUCCAAAGCUGACCAUUCCUCCGCCGUUGACUUGCAUAUGAGCGGAGAUUCAGAAACAAGCGAAAAACAAACGGCUUUCGGCAGCGAUGAGAAAAAUGUCACGGAAAGCGACACCAGAAUGACAACAAAUUUAGUUUCGGUAGACGGCGGAAAACUGGUAUAUUCAUCAAAAUGCUACACGCGUGGUCAGCUGGUCACCCUUGAGACGGUAAAUGACGACCCGAAGCCCGUUUUCAUUCAGAGCAUCAGCAUGAAGGAGGUGUGCUUUCGGUCCGCGAAAGAAAAGAAGAAAAUGCUAGUACCAAUAGAGGAACUGCAAAAUGGCAACUACGUCCUCAGGCCAUCGCAAAAUUGA